AUGCGCAUCUUCUACCGCCGCACUACUCGCAAGGUCGUCCGCGGACCACGUAUGGCACAUCCGGUACGCGGGAAAAAUUACGACGAGUGGGAAGACAUCGAAGAGUGGGCGGCCGGAGAGAGCGAUAAUGAAGACGCUGGUAGGGAAUACCAUACAGCGCCGUCGAGCCCCGCUGCCGAUGGGGCAAUCGAGGUGGCCAUCGGCAACGGAAAUGUCACAGCCAGUAGAGGAACAACCGACCCGGUCACUGCGGCGCCUGCCAGCGCCACUGACAGGAACAAUGAAGGCGCGGGGAGCAAUUGCAGUCAUGAGGAACGGCCAUCUAGUAGCUUCUGCUGUGCGGAUUCUGCUAGGACAUUCUUCUAUCGCUUUAUGACGCUGCCAAGGGAAAUCCGCGACAUAGUCUAUGCGGCGAAGUUCGCGGACCUCCCAAAGUCAAUCGUCUUGCGUAAAAAGACUGGUAGCUUCUUUACGGGGGAAGCGUUGUUCCCUCCAAUUCUUCCGGCCUUCUGCUUCGCGAAUCGUCAAAUUCUCGAGGAAUCUGUGCCCGCCCUUCUGCGAGGGAGGGCUAUCACUAUGAACGGCGGUCGAGCAGUUAACGAAGCAACGCUAAUUGACUUUCUCGACCGCAUACCUGACAGGAAAGCUUACAAAAGUAUCUCCGAGAUGCGCAUAGAGGACAGCAUUAGAUUGAAAGCAAAUCAGGGCAUUGGCAAAGCCAUCGGCCUUUGUACCAGCUUGCGCCGCCUAUGGGUGGAAAUACAAGCGAUAUGUUUUGUGGACCAUUUCGAUAGAAAGCUGAAGCAAUUCAAGGAUGAGAAGGACCUGCUUGAAAUAUACGAUUUCACGGCGUUGUUCGAUCUCCCGAAGCUCGAGGUUGUCACGCUUGCCCUAGGUGGAGGCGAUUACUACGCAGAACUCCUUGGCUGCUCAAAUCGGGAAGUUUUUGAACCUCUUGUGAAAUGGUUCGACGCCUACAUUCAAAGAAAGUCGUCGAAGAUUCGGCUCAGCCUGAAAUGCAUCCCGUGGCGAGAUGACUCUUAUUAUUCUCCUGAGUUAUUUGGAUGGGGUCCGGACUCGUAG